AUGAUUCAAAUUCUUCCUAAUGAGUUGCAGAUCGAAAUAUUAAUAUAUGUUGUUACAGAAACAGGUUUUCAGAUAUUUGGCACUUUACGAACUGUUUGCAAAAAGUGGAAUGCUUUCGUUCCUUUAGUAACGCACAAAGAAGUUAUUUCUAGGUUAAAUUCUGGCUUGAAACUUGAGUUAACGUACUUUAAUGGCGACUUAAGCUAUUUUAAAUGGAUUCAAAAAUUAUCACCAACUUAUGACGAUUUUACUAAGACAUUUACUUUUGUAUUUGAUGAUACUGACGACGACAUUAGUGAUACGUACGAUGGCCUAGUCAAACUGCACAGUGAUUAUAACAUCAAUCUUACAGUAUCAGUAUGGGUGGAAAGGAGUAAAGAUAAACGACGUAAGCGAAGUCUAAGUAAACUUGGAGCUGAAUUAGGAGAUUUAACUUUGUCGGAAUUGUUAAAUAAUGAUAUGUAUAAACAUGAAUUUGACCAUCGAAGUAACAUAUGGUUCAAACGGAAAGUGAUCAAGGUUGAAGACAAGGACUUUAUUUGCGUGAAACUUCAUAGUUUUACCAUUGAAGCAUGGAAGCUCUGUUAUAUUUUGGAUUAUUUUCAAUUUGAUACAGAAUGUUCAUGUUUGAGAAAAGGAUUUGAAUGUUACUAUUUAUGGGAUGCUAUUC